AUGCCCCACACACCAAUUCUGGCCAUGACAGCCACUGCCACAGCACAUUACCGGAAUGAAAUAAAAAGAAGUCUAGGGAUGCAGAAUGUUUUAAAUGUGGAAGCAAACCCAGACAGGGAAAAUAUAUUUUAUGAAGUCCAUCCACAAGGUAACCGGGGCGAUGAGAAAUUGAUUACAAUCAUAGAGCCCUUGGCCUUAGAGUUAAAGGAAAAAUUACUUGCAAUGCCUCUCACCAUUGUCUAUAGCAAUCUUGAAACUUGUGGUGAAUGCUAUAGCUACUUUGAACAGGAGCUUGGUCCACAUCAGUUUUAUCCAGCUGGGUCUCCUGCAAUUUUUAGUAAUCGACUUUUUGCACAAUACCAUGCCCAGUACCCUGAAGAGUACCGUGAUAGUUUAGUUAAGAAUUUAGUGUCAGGAACUGCCACUGCACGAGUGCUAUUUGUAACUGUUGCAUUUGGUGUUGGAAUUGAUGUUCCAACUGUUGAAAGAGUUAUACAUAUUGGUGUCCCAUACACCAUGGAAUAAUUUUUCCAGGAAACUGGACGUGCGGGGAGAAAUGGAAGUCAAGCAAUUUCAACAGUAUAUUUUAAUUCCUAUGACAUAAGCAAAGGAAAAAGAGCACUUGAGCUUAUUAUGCGACAGUAUGUUACUGCAAAUUCUUGUAGAUGA